UCGGUUGAUCGUAAUUCGAGUCCAUUCACAGAUUCGUGUCAGUAAAAGAAGUUCGAAAUAGUUUAUUUUUUCUUAGUCUUGCUUUCUUCUUCACCGCCUUUCCCUCCCUGAAUGUGUGACUCACUUUAAGAAAAUCGUAACAAUUUUAUAUUUUGUCGCAUGCCUCCGCGGUUUCUUUUUUUUUUUCUUUUUGGAUUAAAUUAUUUUCGUUGAUUUCUUUCAAUAAAUCUGCGCGCUUCUGUCAAAGAAAAGAUACUUGUUUCGUUCACACAAAUAAAAGAUAUAAUUAAACCGUUAAUUUAUUUGAUAUUCACUCAACGUAUCUAUGAAAAAUAAGCUUCACUUUAUUCCAACCUUAUUGUGAAUCAGUUGGUCAAUUGUUAAAAAAGAAAAUAAAUACUCGUAGUUAUCGUUUACUGGCCUCUGUAUUUAUUUUCGUUUUUAGAGAGUUUUGUGUUGCUCUUUGUAAUUGUAAUUGUAAUUGUAAUUUUAAUUGUAAUUGAAGGCAAGUGUUGAUUUGUUUUAUAUGAAUUCACAGAGUGUGGAAUUUGUGAGAUAUUAGAUAUCUAAAUUAUUUUAAUUAUAACUGUGGUGUGAGCUUCAUUUUUUGAUUUGCUCCAAUUAAUGAAAUUUCAAAGCUGCACACACGUCAAGUGUCCUGUUUCAGACGUUUGAAUCAGAAUCAACGGGUUUUGUAAUUUUGCCACCAUCGGCCAUCGCAUCUCAUCGAGCAUCGACUGCGGUGACAUCGGGACAAACAAAAGCAUCAAAAUCCCAGCCAUUGCAUCGUAAUCGAUAAAGUCAUCGCUCGUCAGCCCGUUGCCGUGUCCAUAGCCGUCCGUCCAUUCGGAGUCCAUUCCAGGCAGCAGCAGCUGAGUGAAGUUUUGCAGCAGAGGAAAUCCGAGUUUCAUUCAGGAAAAAUCCCAGAUUCCAUCAUCACCACAGCCGCCCUGGUGUGGUCUGGAAUCAAAUAAACAACAUAUAUACCGUUGUGAGGAGCAUCAUAAGCUAUCAUCAGAGGUGUGUACAUUAUUCAAUGUUAGAUAUGACCAAGUCCUUGGUCAUAUUGGCCAUUGUCAGUUGCAUAGACUUUGAUGGAGCAAAUGGUUAUCCUUUUGUGUACCAAAAUAAUAGAAAUCCAGCUAUAAAAUGGAUGGCACCAGAGGACAAUUGGGACAUACAGUCGGCGCCGAGGAGUAUUAUUCCACAUGUAGAGCUGAGAAAGUUCCCCAACCGGACAAAUCCGGCAUUGAGCGACAAUGACGAAGAGUUUCUUGAGCACUUAAGAGAGCUCAAGAAGAAUGGCAGUGAGGCCAGGAUGCUCUGGUUUGACACUCCGUCUGAUGGGCUCACUUAUUUGCCCUUUGUUGAUAAGGCUUUGAGGCUGUUGAACCUUAAACAGGUCGCCUAUGAAGUAGAGAACAGUGUGAUGUCAAAAGUCUCCUGCACAGCGUGCAAGGCUGGUGCUGGACUCCUGCAGCACUAUAUCCGGACCGGAAAGACUGAGGCUGAAAUUAUCAAAAUGAUCUACGAAUUCUGUGUGAAUUUACAGAUCCAAAGCCCCAGAGUUUGCCAAGGAGUCAGCCAGUUAUUUGGGGGUGAAGUAGUGUACGUCUUGAAGAGAACUCCUCUUGGACCUGAUGAGAUAUGCAGCUUUGUGAUUGGUGAUGCCUGUGGGGAUGUCUACAAUCCGUAUCAUGAAUGGGAAGUUGCAUUCCCUCCAGUUCCCAAGCCACCAAUUCAAGAAGUUCCCAUACCGAAAGAGGGAGCUCCAUUUUUCAAAGUACUUCACAUCUCCGAUACUCACUACGAUCCACACUACGUCGAGGGUUCCAAUGCCGAGUGUAACGAGCCACUCUGUUGUCGUUUGAGCAGUGGUCGUCCGUCAAACCCGAACGCAGCUGCUGGAAAAUGGGGUGAUUAUCGAAAGUGUGACACACCCAAACGGACUGUUGACAAUCUAUUAUCUCACAUUGCCGAUACCCAUCAGGAUAUUGAUUAUAUCCUGUGGACUGGUGAUCUUCCUCCACACGAUGUCUGGAAUCAGACGAAACGUGAGAAUCUAGAAAUCAUUAAGGAGACAGUGAAGCAAAUGACCGAGAAGUUCCCUGGAGUUCCGAUAUUCCCAGCCCUGGGAAACCACGAAAGCGCCCCGGUUAAUAGUUUUCCACCACCUUAUGUCAAUCAGGACGAUAAUUCUAUCUCGUGGUUGUAUGACGAACUCGACGUGCAAUGGAGGCGGUGGUUGCCUGCGAGUGUGUCGCACACUGUUCGUCGAGGAGCUUUCUAUUCGGUUUUGGUUCGACCUGGCUUUCGAAUUAUCUCCCUGAACAUGAACUAUUGUAACAAUAAAAAUUGGUGGCUUCUUCUAAACUCUACUGAUCCUGCAACUGAACUACAAUGGUUUAUCUACGAAUUGCAAAGCGCUGAGUUUUCCAAUGAAAAAGUUCAUGUCAUUGGUCACGUUCCGCCAGGACAUUCGGAUUGUCUAAAAGUCUGGUCAAGGAACUUCUAUAGGAUUAUUGCACGUUAUGAAAAUACGAUAGUUUCACAAUUUUACGGACACACACAUUUUGAUGAAUUUGAAGUUUUCUAUGAUCCCAGUGAUUUAGGCCAUACCACAAGUGUUGCUUAUAUUGGACCAUCAGUCUCACCGUACUAUGACUUAAACCCUGGAUAUAGAAUCUAUUACAUCGAUGGAGAUCAUGAUCAAACGACAAGAUUGGUCAUUGAUCAUGAAUCGUGGAUUAUGAAUUUGAAAGAAGCUAAUUUGUAUGAUUAUCCAAUUUGGUAUAAGUUGUAUACAACCAGAGCGUCGUACAGUAUGAAAGCUCUAAGACCACAGGAUUGGGAUAGCUUGAUCGAUGAGAUGGCUAAUAAUCAGGAGUUAUUUGAUGUGUAUUAUAAAAACUAUUGGAAAAACUCUCCAGUGAAACCAUCUUGCGAUCACGAAUGUCGAAAACGUAUGCUUUGCGAUUGCAAAAGUGGCCGAAGUCAUGACCGCAAACACUUUUGUCAAGAUGUCGAGGCCAAAAUCGACGUUGGCACAUCCAAGGGAUGGAAAGAUUGGAUUUUCAGAGGAUUCUCCGCAUCCUGUCAAGUUAUUCAGCAAUAAACAACGGCAACUCUAAAUAAUUCUAAACACGAUGGCAACAUCGACAACUAUAAUUAUAUUAAACAAAAUGUGCGUGAGCGAGAUAAAAGUACGAGUGAUGUGGAUUGAAAAACCUUGCUUAACUUUUCCAGUGAAAAUGAGGAUAUGGAAACCUUUCAGGAUGCAAGAAUGCUUUGCAAAUGUGAUACAAGUUUUUAUUUACUACCUAAUAAUUUAUGUUAAAACAAAAGUUAUGUUAAUUUUAUAAAUCAAAUUUAACAUUAUGCAUGAAUGUUUAAAAAUACAAUUUUUAAAAUUUAAAUUAAUUUUAUUUAUUUUAGUGUUUUUGUUUCAUUAAUUGUUAUUGUUUUGUUUUUGUGUAAUAUUAUUUUUAUUAUGA